CUUUGUAUUAAUCUUGCCGCGGCUGUACCACCACCCGCAGGGGAGAACUAGACGGCCCCGGUGACUUUCGUUUGCAUUUAAAUGUAAGAUAGCUGUUUCUGCCCGAGCUCCGGUUCCGAGGGGUGGUGUUUUGAAGUUCAGUGCCGACACAAUUUAUUGCCAGCCGUCCGAAGUCCGUCUCACUUGGCAGGUUGAAGCGGCUCCCCCUUUGUGAAGUUGGUGCCGUCCUGAGCGACCGGACCGGUCCGUCCCGGGGCUCGGCGGAGCCGCUAGGGAGGAGGGGAGGUCCGUCUUGGGGGCGUCGUUCUUCGGCACAGACGCCGUGGUGAUGUUAGUCUGGCGGCCGGAGCGACGCCCGAUUGUCCGAACAGCCCGCUGAAUGGAGCCAGGGUGCAGGGGGCGCUCUCUGCCAGGGUAGGGGUCCUUCUUUAUUUCAGCUGCCUUCAUCCCAGACACGACUGCCCAAGAUCUGUCCCACACCACUUGGAAGAUUGUCUGACAUCUGACCAGUGGAGGCUCUGGAGUGAUGUCAUCACGGGGUAUGCGGUCUGGGGCGGAGUUACAGGAGCUGAUGGACUCAUUGCAGCGCAAGAAGCUGGCUCUAGAAGCAAGCUUGCGGACCAAUGGGGAGUACCUCACCCUGGCACUGUCUCCGCCCAUCAGUGCCAGUCAUCGCUCCCAGGACCUGAACUGGCGGCCAUUUGGAACUCUGAAGGCAUCUGGCCAUGUGACCAGCCUCUCCACCCCUCCUUCACCCCGGGAUGGAGACAGGGAGCGCUCCCUGAGUCCCACCCCCACGAGCCUGACCUCCGGCCUUCGUAACCUGUCCCAGGACAGCACGGGCCCACCGGGCUCCUCGGAUGGGAGGCGCCUGCUCACCACGUGGAACGGCUCGAUGUCCGAAGGCCGAUCUCGCUACCUGAGGCCUGGGGGUUCCAGCGGGACAGCCAGUGUCCCCUCCAGUCCACGGCUGGCCCGUAGGGGGGGGCUGGAUUCUGCCUUCCGGCAGAGGAAACACUCGGCGGGGUCCUUAUCGAGCCUGGGGGCUCACAGCCUCUCGCUGCCCCGUCUCUACCGGUCAGCAGACAGUCCUGCCCUUUCAGUGCUCCCCCGCCGCUCAUCAGGCGGCCUUGACGUGGGGGCGGAGUCCGUCUGUGUCUGGCCACGCUCACAGUGGAGCCCCGCUCUGACGGGACAGCCCGAUGUUACUGUCCCAGCCAGCGUCCCUGCUAGCGUCCCUGGUAGCCCCCGACUUCCCCGGAGAAGGAACCGCUCUCUUUCGGGUUCUCACUGCGAUGUGGACAGAAGCAUGCUGCGUGGGUCGUCCCCGUGCCUGGAGCUGGGGCUCGGCGACAGGAGGCCAUCCUUCGGGAAGGCGGGGCUAGGGGCGUGGCUGGGGGCGGGGCAGUUCCGAGAGAGGCAUGGCAGCAUCAGCUCGCUGAGUGGGAAGGAGGAGCUUAGGGAUUACCACCAGCGGCAGAGGGAUGAGCGUCUGCGCGAGCAGGAGGUGGAGAGACUGGUGAGGACACAGGAGCGCCAGCGCUUGGAGACCAUCCUCAGCCUGUGUUCAGAGCUGGGCCGGGGCGGCUCCACGGUGACUGACUUGCAGAAGAUCAACCGCGAGCUAGAGAAGCUGCAGGUGUCUGAUGAUGAGUCCGUCUUCUCUGAUUCUGCUGCCUUUGAGCCCCGAGCACGGCGGGGCAGGCCCAGCGGGCAGCGUGACCGCCUGGUGACCACCCCUUCGCCGCGCCUUCCCAAUGAGCUGCCUGGGAUAGGCGAGGAUGUGCAGCUGAAGCAGGAAGUGACACGUAUGGAAGAGGAGAGGAUCCAGGCACUGAACAAUGUAGAGGAGCUGGAGCAGAAGAUCAAAGACUUGGACAAUCAGAUGGAGGAGUCUGUGCGAGAGGUGAGGAGGGCGUGGGCAUUCGCACGUGAGCCGGCUCUCCUACUCGCGCUCCCGUUUUCGUUCCAGGUGGAGCUGGAGCGCGCCCUGCUGGAGGGGGAGCAGCAGGCUGAGGCUGAGCAACUGCAGCGUGAGAAGGAGCUCUUGGAGCAGCUCAACCAGAAACUGCACCACGUGGGGAGCGGCGGACAGACCCGCAUUGCUACGGAGAGGGCCCAGCUCGAUGCACAGAGGGCAAAGGUCGCCAAGCUGGCUGAGCUUCUCUCAGAGCAGAAGACCCAGCUGGACACCUGUCCCGAGGCCCUCAGAGAGCAGCUCCAGCUGCAGCUGUCCAGGGAUGCGGAGACCCUGGAGAUGGAGAUGAAGAGGUUCGAGGACCUGGAGUUCCAGCAGCUGGAGCGAGAGAGUCGGCAGGAGGAGGAGAAGGAGAACCUGAGCCAGCAGCUGGAGCGAGGGAGUCGGCAGGAGGAGGAGAAGGAGAACCUGGGCCAGCAGCUGCUUAGAGAAAUUGCAGACUAUCAGCGAAGCACAGUGACACGCAAGGAGAAGCUCCUGGCCCUGAAGUUGCAGUGCAGCCAGAUUACCCAGCAAGCUCAGCGAGAGAGAGAGAACUUUAUGAAGGAAAGGGCCACCCUGCUGUCCAUGUUGCAGAGGGAGAAGGAGAAGCUGGAAGCUCUGGAGAGGGAGUAUUCAAGUCUGAUGGGAGGCAGGAGGAUCCCACUGCACGCCUUCCCCACCAAAGAGGCCCGCCUACUGGAUGAGAGCAAGAAGGCAGGGAAGGAGGCGGGCUCACAGCUGACUGACAGGUUGCCACGUAAAAAGAGCCAAUCUGUUACAUCGCCAGCAUACAGCAGUGUCACACUGGGUCGAGGAAUGACCUCUAAGGCCCACCUUCCCCUGGUCCAAAGUGCCAGCUGUGGCAGUGUUCUCCCUCGCUGCCUGGAGGCCAGACCACUGCCAAAGGGUAGUACCUUCCACCUGGGGAGCACUGAUGAGAGGCGGAUGAGAACUGCUUCUCACUCCAGUGUCCAGCUGCAUGCGUCCCUCUGUGGGGAUAAUGGCAACGCCAUGGACAGCGUCAGCAUUCAUAGUUCUGACAGCAUGGAGACCAGCAUCUCCGCCUGCUCACCCGACAACAUCUCCAGUGCCAGCACCGCCAAUGCUGUCAAACUGGAGGAGAUGGAAAGACUGCUGAGGGAGGCGCAGGCCGAGAAGAUCCGGCUUUUGGAGAACCGGGAGCGUGAGAUGGAGGUACGCCGGCAGGCCCUAGAAGAGGAGAGGAGGCGCAGGGAGGACCUGGAGAAGCGAUUAGAAGAGGAAACCAGCAGGAGGCAGAAGUUGGUUGAGAGGGAGGUGAAGCUGAGGGAGAGACAGAGAGAACAGUCCCGCCCCCUAACCCGCUACCUUCCAGUGAGAAGAGAUGACUUUGACCUCCGUGGCCACAUCGAGUUGGCUGGCCACCAUGUGGACACAUGCUAUCACGUGUCACUGACGGAGAAGACAUGCAGGGGCUUCCUGGUCAAGAUGGGCGGUAAGAUCAAGACAUGGAAGAAGCGAUGGUUUGUCUUCGAUCGCAACCGGCGAACGCUGUCCUACUUUGCUGAUAAGCAUGAGGUCCAGCUGAAGGGAGUCAUAUACUUCCAGGCCAUUGAGGAAGUCUAUUACGAUCACUUAAAGAAUGCACACAAGAGCCCCAACGCCUCGCUGACGUUCAGCGUGAAGACUCACGACCGCGUGUAUUACAUGGUGGCACCAUCGCCGGAGGCCAUGCGCAUCUGGAUGGACGUGAUCAUCACGGGGGCUGAGGGUUACGCCCACUUCAUGGUCUAAACGCAUGGUCCAGGAAAUCCCUAGUGCCUUAUGCCCAUUCCGGACCAUUUCUUCUGCCCCCCGUUGGAUUGUGUGUGGCACUUACCCCCAAGCUGCCAGACCCCCCCAUCCUUAAAACGUGGUACUGCAAUAACAGACAGAGAUUAAAGGUCAUUUCAGGGGUGACACAAAUUCCGUGACCUUUCAGCUUCUCAGGUCCCAUAGUGUCUAACGAUGGUGAAGCUCUAUGCUCUUCGCCAUCUUUAUGCUGCCAAAGAAUCUGUAUUUCAAUUCUAUUUUUAUACCAUUUGGCUUUUCCUUAUGUGCGUGUGCUUAACUUUGACUGAAAUGAUGCACUUGGACCUAUUGAUGGCUCAGAGUAGCUGUUCAGUGGAGCAUUUCUAUUGUUUAGUCAUUAGGGGGCAGUCUGUUACCACUCACUACCCCAGGAUGUUCUCAGAAUCAGGCUGUCUAAAGUGUCUGGCCUACCCCCCCCCUACUGCUACCCUGGCAUCUCAACUGGAUCCUGGUCCGUUUCUGAGCCACCAUUUAUAUUUACAGUUCCUGUUCACUGUCAGAACACUGCAGUGCUCUCAGUGGCACAGUGUGUUGCUUUCCUGUUUGGUGGGUGCUGUGCCCCCCUAUCCCCACCCCGGACGGUACUACAAAGCCAGGGAUGAUGAUGAUGAUGAUAAUGGGGAAGAGAGCCUUUGUUUUCACUGAGAUCCGGUUCCCCUGUCCCACAAUACUCCUCCUUAGCUUCAUAUUUUAAUUAAUAUUUUAAUCUGUUGUAUUUUUAUUAUACAUCUUGCAUGUUUCUUUAUUUUUCUAUCCAGAAAUAAACCCCUAAGCUGAGA